AUGGGCAUAGUCACUAGCAUGUACGAUGUAGCGUGCCUGUUUGUGACCGUGUUCGUCAGCUACUACGGUGGACAGCAAAGCAAGUCCCGUUGGUUGGGCUGGGCCCUCUUCAUCCUCGGUAUUUCUAACUUCGUGUUCAUACUACCGCAUCUAAUCAUUGGCAAGUACGAAGCAGGCGAAAAACAACUUCCUGACGUGUGCGCGGUCAAUGCCACCGACAAAGAUGUGUGUGAUAACAAAGCAUUGGGAAAGUGGUAUUAUCCAGCCAUAUUCUGCUUCGGAAUGUUUUUAAUCGGAAUCGCAGGGGCGCCUCUGUAUGUCCUGGGCGUUGCAUAUUUAGACGAAAGCGUGAAAAAGAAAAUCGCACCAAUUUACAUUGGGUUUUUCGGCUCCUCUGGGACCGUAGGGUCUGCCUGUGGUUUCCUAUUGGGCGGUAUAUUCUUGUCAUUCUACGUCGACACAGGAACGACCACCGAGCUGACCGUGAACGAUCCCAGGUGGGUUGGAAACUGGUGGAUAGGAAAUGUCAUAGGCAUCGUUAUGGCCAUACUUCUUUCUGUGUGGAUGCUCGGCUUUCCUAGGAAAAUCGGAAGAAAAUAUUCACUUGGCAGUGAAAACAAUGGAAGUGAUGAGUCGCAUGUAUUUCAAUUUUCUGAAACCAUGAGUCAUAUGGACAUUAAAAAGCUUCCAACGGUAACCAGGGAGUUAUUCUUUAUUCCUGGGUAUAUAUUCCUGUGCUUCGGGAGCGCGCUGGAGUAUUUCGUCAUCACCGCAGCAAUGGCGUUCUUUCCGAAAGUCAUAUACGUUCUCUUCAGUACGCCGUUGUCCGAGCUAAGCUGGCUUUAUGGUACCGCUGUUGUGCUGCCCAUAUUAGCUGGACAAAUAUUAGGUGCCUACAUUAACAAAAGAAUGGAGCUGAACGGUAUCCAAGCAACAAAAACGGUGUGCAUCACAACGUUCAUAAGUAUGAUUGUGGGCCUGUUGUAUUUGACAACGCAAUGUUCAGGACAAGAGGUCGUUGGAUUGACACUGCCAGUUGGGAAUAGAACCAACGAGUUAAUCUCAGACUGCAACGUGAACUGUGACUGCACAAACUGGUUGUACUUCCCGGUCUGCGACACUCAAAGAAAAACAACCUAUCGCUCUCCGUGUAUAGCAAGAUGCACAACGAAACAAGAGGACAAAAUGGUUUUUACAGGCUGCCGAUGCUCAAGCAGUGAGGAGUUAGCUUACGGUAAAUGUCCGUCAAAAUGUGGUGUAAAGGCUGCAAUAUUUGUCCUCCUUACAGCACUCUUUGGCUUCACAUCAUUCCUCGCGCAAACACCAACAGUCAUCGCUAUUCUCAGAUCCGUGCCUGACCGUCUGAAAGCGUACGCAUUAGGAUGGCAGAUGAUAUUUAUCCGUUUACUUGGAGCGAUACCAGGCCCCAUUAUUUACGGAAAACUUAUUGAUACAACAUGCAUAUUGUGGCAAGAUAAGUGUGGUAGUCGUGGCAACUGUCUCGAAUACGACAACGAAAAGCUAAUCAACGUCACCGCUGCCGUGGCAACCAUCUCAAAAUUCUUCACAACAUUAUUUUUCAUGCUUGCUUGGAAAUUUUUAAAACCGCUUCCACCCACCGUAGAAGUUAAUGGAAAUGGGGGCGUAGACUAUAGGAUGCCCGAGUCCUCGGACACAACGCCUAUUCGCAGCGAUAAUGUAUGAAAGAUAUAGAUUAAAAUAAAAAAAGAGUGGUAUAAAUUUACAGUGAAAUGGCAUCAUGGUAGAGCCAGCUAUGAACGUAAUCGCAAGCGUUUUUUGAGCAUAAAAAACACGCGUUUCGUGAACAUCAACACGCGCAGUUUAUGGGCGUGCACCCAAGUUAAAUGAACAUCCAAGUAGGGAUUUUCAAGUGUUUGCUGAAAGUCAGGCUUGUCAACAACUUGUUACCGUCAAACAACAGUAUCUUCGAAUAUAGAAAGCAUUUAAAUUUUCAUACAUUUCAUCAUUAUUUGACAGUGAUUUCCAUAUAUAAUAAAUUAUGAAUAUAGGCCUAAAAUGCACCAAAGACAGUGAAAUCAAAUUAUAGACAUAAAAUGCAUUUUAUCGAUAAAGUUACCAAUGUUGCAUUGCAUUUAAAGAGAACUUCCAAUCAGAGUUUUCAACUCUCAAGCAAGAUGGUGCACUACCAACUAAUGGUUAUUGAAUUGUACUAAAUUAAUUAGUAUUUGUCAAUCUUAUAGCAAGUUGUUCACAAGAUCUGAUAAACAGUUCGUUUACAAGCUUGUUAACAAACUGUAGACUUGGUUGUCAUUCAAAUUCAUCUGCCAUUUAUUCUUGACCAAUGGUGUAGAUCUUGGCAGCAAGUCUUAAGCCACGAGAACCAUUAAUAAGCAAUCAUAAACAUUAUAUUUAAGACAUAACAAUAGUAUUUUAAACAUCAGUGCUAGCA